AUGAUGACGUCGGAUUACGUUGGCCGCUGCAUACGAAUGCAUAUAAAAGCCAGGGUCUCGCUGGGAAUCCCAUCCCAACAAACUGAACAACUAAACCAAACCAACCAGCGAACCCCCCAAUCCACACAAUCAACCAUGGCCCGUACUCGUCGAAGCUCCUCUGCCAGUGAAAGCAGCCUGCCCAAGUACUUUGGCAAGCACAGCUUUUACAAUGAGGACCCCCACAAAAUAAAAAAGAAUGGCGCUGGUCGUCAUAACUGGGGGACCGAAAUGGACGAGAUUGACUUUCUGGAAAAGUCAGGCAAGUUCAACCUAGCCGGAUCCCGCCGCCACUCCAAUUCUCAGCACCUUCGCCCCGAGCUAGAGGAGUAG